UUCAGUGGAAAAAUGCUGCAAGAGUGGUAAUGAAUGGGCAAGUCAAAAAAAACAUUGCAGUUCUCUGCCAUUUAUGUCUGAAUCCAAAGAAUGCAGCAUAGUCCAGGAGCAGUGCUGCAGUAAUAAGCUGGAGGAACACUACUGUUCCAUUGGCAUUAACAUUGCCAAUGAAUAUGAAGAAUGUAAUUCACAUGAUGAUAUUUCCACUUAUGAAGCCAAAUUCACUAAGAAAUGCUGUUACUGUUGCUUGCUGGGAAAGACAGCCCAAGUUCAAGGACAGAGCUGUGAGCAGAGCCAACUGAUAGGAUACCAGUGUGGGCAAGUGUUCAGAGCUUGCUGUGUCAAGGGUCAGGAAGGCACCGAAGGGUCAAUUAGCGAUGUUCCUAAAAAAGACCAAGUUAAAAUUUCCGACGAGGAAGUAGACCAAGAGGAUCCUUACCUUCAUGACCGCUGCAGAGGAGGUGGUCCCUGUACACAGCAGUGUAGGGACACAGGGUCCAGUGUUGUCUGCUCCUGCUUUGUUGGGUACCAGCUUCUGUCUGAUGGUGUCACCUGUGAAGAUAUUAAUGAGUGUAUCACUGGGAUGCACAACUGUGGGAUUGGACAAACUUGUGUCAAUACAGUAGGAUCCUUCCGCUGUCAGCGUGAAACGAGCUGUGGGACUGGUUAUGAACUCACUGAAGACAACCAAUGCAAAGAUAUUGACGAAUGUGAGAGUGGUAUUCAUAACUGCCUCCCCAAUUUUAUCUGUCAGAAUACUCCGGGAUCUUUCCGUUGCCGACCCAAGCUACAGUGCAUGAAUGGGUUUAUACAAGAUGCACUAGGCAACUGUAUUGAUAUCAAUGAGUGCCUAAGCAUUAACAUGCCAUGCCCAGUUGGACAGAUGUGCAUUAACACAGAUGGCUCUUAUACCUGCCAAAGAAAUGUACCAAACUGUGGACGAGGUUAUCAUCUCAAUGAAGAAGGAACAAGAUGUGUAGAUGUGGAUGAGUGUUCAUCACCUAACCAGCUAUGUGGAGAUGGACAUGUUUGUGUAAAUUCCCCUGGCAGUUACCGCUGUGACUGCAGACCUGGCUAUUAUUUUGAGGCUAUCAGUCGAACUUGUGUUGAUGUUAAUGAAUGUAGACGCUACCCAGGUCGUCUCUGUGCUCACAAAUGUGAGAAUACUCCUGGAUCCUAUUACUGCAGCUGUACUAUGGGCUUCAAACUUUCCACUGAUGGCAGGUCAUGCGAAGACUUAAAUGAAUGUGAGAGCAACCCGUGUAGCCAAGAAUGUGCUAAUGUGUACGGUUCCUAUCAAUGUUAUUGUCGUCGGGGCUAUCAACUUAGUGAUAUAGAUGGAAUCACGUGUGAAGACAUUGAUGAAUGUGCUUUACCUACUGGAGGGCACAUCUGUUCUUACAGAUGUAGUAAUGUUCCUGGAAGCUUUCAGUGCACCUGUCCAUCUCCUGGUUAUAAAUUGGCACCCAAUGCACGAAACUGCCAAGAUAUCAAUGAGUGUGUUGCAGAAACACACAACUGCUUAUUCAAUGAGACCUGCUUUAACAUCCAAGGCAGUUUUCGCUGUCUCUCUCUGGAAUGCCCGGAAAAUUAUCGCAAAUCAGGAGAUACUCGCUGUGAGCGCUUGCCUUGUAAUGAAAAUAAGGAGUGCCAGAGCCUGCCUUUGAGAAUAACCUCCUAUCACCUCUCUUUUCCUACCAACAUUCAAGUACCUACCGACAUUUUCCGCAUGGGCCCUUCCAAUGCUGUCCCAGGGGAUAAAACUGCUGUCCAUCAUCAGCGGGAACGAGGAGGGUUUUUUCACCACAAAAAAGGUGAACAACUACAGUGGUAUUGUGGUCAUGAAGCAGCAAAUCAGAGAGCCCAGAGACCUUCUUCUGACCAUUCAAAUGCAACUUUUCCGCCAUGGAACUGUCAGCGCAUUUAUUGCCAAACUUUUUGUCUUUGUUUCUGCACAGCUUUGAUCCCUAACAUGCAGGCAUCGGUGGCUAUUUUUUCCCUCUGGCUGUGACUUUUUAUUUUUUUC